GCUCGCGCUUCCGGUCUCCGGAUCUCCAGCGGUCGCCUGCGCGAGAACUUCUCUAAACCGAAAGUGUAGUUUCCCGCAGUGAAAUGUCGCUGUUUAUGAACGCUCUCGCUUUUAUAUGUAAAGUCCUCACACUGCCGCUGUUCGUCGGGGAGCGGGUGGGACUUUUGUCUUUCUACAAACGCGUUUACCCCCGACUUUUGAGUAGUUUCACGAUAGCGUACAAUGACCUAAUGAAUGACAAGAAACGGGAACUAUUCCGAAACCUGGAGCGAUUUCAGCCCUCAAAAGGCUCUCUGCGCAUCCUGGAGGUGGGCUGCGGAUCCGGGGCGAACUUCGAGCACUACCCGACUGGCUCAAAGAUCACCUGCACAGACCCCAACCCGCAUUUUAAGACAUACCUGGAGGAAAGCAUGGCGAAGAACGAGCACCUGGUGUACGACAGCUUCAUCGUGGCUUCAGGGGAGAAUCUGCAGGGGGUGGAGGACAGCUCGGUGGAUGCUGUGGUUUGCACUCUGGUUCUGUGCUCGGUCAAAGACACCAACAAAGUUCUGCAGGAGGCAAAGAGGGUCCUGAGGCCUGGUGGAGCAUUUUUCUUCCUUGAGCAUGUGGUGUCAGACCCUUCAACAUGGGCUUACUUUUUUCAGCAUGUUCUUCAGCCAUUUUGGUACUACCUUCAAGAUGGAUGUGAAGCAAUCCGUGCUACAUGGAAAGACAUUGACACUGCUGGAUUUUCAGAUGUGAAGCUACGCCACAUUCAAGCUCCUCUGUUUUUUAUGAUCAAACCACAUAUCAUUGGUUAUGCAGUAAAAUAAUGAAUAAGAAUUUCCCACUACCUCUAUAGAAAAAUCUUCCAAAGAUUUUCUCAAGCACGUUUUCCUUCAGCAAGCCCUAAUCAUUUCACUUACUUUGAAGUAUGUUUAACCAAAAAAAAAAAAAAAAAAAAAAAAAAGAAUGUUUGUACAACAAGUAAAGACUUAACGUUUUGUUAAGUAUGUCUCUGUAAAAUAAAUAAAUACUUCAAUAAUAAUAAUUAAAAAAAUAAUAAUGAACUAAAUACUUUCAUCUUUAUCCGCUUGUUAAGUGUGACGUUACAUGAAGUAGCUUCCGGGUCCAAGCGAUAUAUCAAACUGUAUGAGGAGACUCAACAAAUGGUUAUAAUAACUUUAGAAAUAAACGUUUGCAAAGCAUUGGAAUACUUUCAAAAACCACGGUCACAAUAUGUAUAUCCAUGCCUAAUAUCCGAUGGCCAGAAAGUGAUUACAUUUUUAGAAAUUGUUAAAAUAUUGGUGUCUGUGAUGCAACAAGUCCAGAGACUGUAGUGUACACCAUGAUUUUAUAUAAAAUUUACUUUAUUGUGUGAUAUGACUUAAAAGUGGUCAUAAACGAAUAUUUUCUUAAUUCAAAUGAGUAGCGGCUUGGACCCGGAAACAGUAUAACAUAAGUCACGAAUUAGUAAGCGGAUAAAACAGGCCAUCAGUCAUAAUUUUGUGUAGUUAAAGCAUAAAAGAGCCACACUGCCAUCUAUCAGUUUGGAGGAAUGUGUCAUUCAAAUGAAACUCAUGUAUUGUUCAUACUUUUUUUUUUCUGCUUAGUCCCUUUAUUAAUCUGGAGUCACCACAGCGGAAUAAACCACCAACUUAUCCAACAAGUUUUACACAGCGGAUGCCCUUCCAGCUGCAACCCAUCACUGAGAAGCAUCCAUACACACUCAUUCACACAUAUACGUACAAUUUAGCUUACCCAAUUCAUUUAUACCACGUCUUUAGACUUGUGGGGGAAACCGUAGCACCUGGAGGAAACCCACACCAACACGGGGAGAACAUGCACACAGAACUCCACACAGAAAUGCCAACUGACCCAGCUGAGGGUUGAACCUG